UCUUAUUCAUCAAGUUCUUAUUUAUCAGUCUCUAAAAUCACUGAAAAAGGGUUUAUUGUAUUUUACAUUAGGUUCGUCGUCACCCCAAGUAAAUAAACAUUGCCUUCCACGAACACAGCUUUCCAAGCCCUCAGUGCUGACAGAACGACAACCAAAAACAACACCGGAUAGCGACUACUACUGACGGGGCUCUAAAGGCUGUGGUCCCAUAGCCUAACUAGCCCCAUAAAAAACCCAAGAAGAAGAAGAAGCCCUCAAGUGCACGCAAACCUUCCUGCAGAAGUCGGGGCAACUCGACAGGAUCUAACUCCCACCCUGUAACAGAACGGCCAACACAAAAGACAACACCUGAUACCAACUACCACAGACGGGGCUCUAGAGGCUGUGACCCCACAGCCUAACUAGCCCCAUAAAACACCCAAGAAGAAGAAAAAGUGUACGCAGAUUUUCCUGCAGAAGUCGAAGCAACUCGACAGGAUCCAAUCCCUACCCUGAUGACAUCGACAGACUAACACCAUCUGCUAGUAUUUAUCAUUGACGAGGCUCUUGAGGCCGUGUUCCCACAGCAUAACUAGCCCUCUAAAACACUCCAGAAGAAGAAAAGAAGAGGUUGGACGGCAACUCCCUCAGCCCCCUAAACUUCUGAAGAAACACAAUCAGAUUCAUCAUUUUUUGUAGCUUGGCUCACAAAAUGUUGUUAGCAUCACUUAACUAAUUGAGGUGGCAUAGGAGGAAACAAAAGCCAGAUAGGGGGUAUGCAUGAGUAGCGAUGCCGCCUUCAGCCAAGAAAUAUGAACUGCAAGACAAUUGUCAGGCUGGAUCCCAAGGACCUUCCAAACUAGAGGUUCAGAGUGUAUGCUCACUUUGGAAGUCUGGUCCUACCAUGCUUGGAAUACUGCAGCCAACUCUGGUCUCCUCAAAAAGUGUCAGAAAUACCUGAAAUUGAGCUCCCCCAGAUUACUUUUAACAGCAAAAUUAAGUUCAACAGGAUUCAGCACAUGAACCACUGAGAGAGGCUUAAGGAACUGCAGCUGUAUUUUCUUCAAGGACUGCAGGGAAUACUACAUCUUAAGAUAAAUCCUGACAAGAUGGUUCUCUAUGAAGAUGAUACUUAUGCUAUUUUACCGUCUCACAUCAGGCCACGCAAAAUCCAGCCUGGGAAACGAACCAUUUUGGUAACAGUUUUAUUAUCUAUUAUGCUGUUGAUGUCACAGCUUUUCCGAGCUCUUCAGCUAAAUCAUCCACCACAACUUAUAACUACUCAUAUAAUGGAGUCGCUGACAAGUUUAAACGAAGAGGCUGAGGUGCAACCAUGCAUCAAGACACAUCUUGGCGUCUCCAGUCACCAUACAGACUCUCAUCGUUCAUGCCAUCACUUACAACCACCACAGGGGCUGUGCUCUCUCAUACAGACCUUGUUCUUCAGCAACAAGCCCCACACCUGCGAUCACCAAAGAAGAGUAACUUUUUGUGUAACUGUAUCUGGAAGCAUCUCAUGUGAACCACCAGUCCAGUGUGCUUCAUUAAACUUCUAUGUUGGUGUUUUUGAUGAUACAGAAGCUAAAACAGUUUGGAAGCAAAUUAAUCCUAACCAUCUGAAGAAAAUUGUCGACAAAGAAGUUACCAAAGAUUUUUAUUUUGGUUUUCUUUUUCUAAAAUGUACAAAUGCAUCCGAGGACAGCUUUGAAGAGCCUGCUUAUUCAGAAGAUUAUGCAAUAGAAAAUUCUCAGUCGUACACUCAGCUUUUCCUAUAUCCAAGGAAAUACAUGAAAAGAAAAACUGAUCCAGAAUUGGGUAGGUUUCCUAAUAUAAAUUUAGUAAUGCUUGACUCGCUCUCUCGACCUCAUUUUUACAGAUCACUUCCAAAGACCAUCAAUUUUUUGGAGGAUUUAUAUAGUGAAACUCAUCGUAAAGUUUUUGACUUCCACUAUUUCCAGGCAGUGAAACAAAGAACCUAUGAAAAUCUUGAAGCACUUUUUUCUGGUUAUGUCAAUACAUCAGAGAUUCCAUUUGGAACCUAUGAUAUUCCAAGGAGACCACUUCCUGUAUCUCAUCUUUUGAAGCACUACAAGGAAAAAGGCUACAGAACACUUUGGCUAGAGGAUCUGUGUUGGAAUUGGGAAUGGGGAUUAGUUAAAGAUUUAAGAGUCAUAAAUAAUUCUGACAGUUACCCCUCAUGGAAAACAUUUAAGAAAGCAUUUAAGAAUGCAAACAUUGAUUCCAUUGAUGUUACCUUGGCAAGUUGUGACAUACUUGAAGCAAAUGGAAAAAAAGACCCAUUUCACAAUUUACCUGCUGUGUGCUUUAAUGGGAGGUAUCAUCAUGAAUAUUUGCUGGAAUACCUGAAGUUGUACCAAGAGGAUGCACAGAAAAUAAAUCAGCCAUUAUUUACAUACACAGUUACUGAUGUUGCACAUGAUGAAACAGGAUUACGAGUCCAAACUUUAGAUGAUUCACUUGCCAAAUACUUGAGGUUUACCACAGAGUUGAAAAGUACAAUUACCAUUCUUUUUUCUGAUCAUGGCAGCACCUAUGGUAAAUUCAUUCAGGAAAGUCCAGAAGCACAUGUUGAAACUUUUAAUCCAUUCUUGUUCCUAAUAAUUCCAAAAAAUGUUCAAAAUACUUUAGGUGUUUCUCAGAUAAAGAAACUGAAAAACAAUGAGAAAAACUUAGUCAGCUUGAUUGAUGUACACAACAUGCUACUUCAGCUGAUUGGAAAGGAAAGCAGAAUUCAAGAUGCAGACUUUACUGAAAAAUACACCAUCCCAGGAGGCCUUUUAAGUAGUAUUUCUACACAGAGAACUUGCUGGGAUAUUCCUCUUCUUCAGCCAAACAUCUGUAUAUGUAAAGACUUUGAAACACCAGUACAACCAAAUGAAUUUCACAUGGCACUUGCAGAUUUUGGUAUAGGUGUUUUAAAUAAUAUGAUCUUGCAGCAGCAUAAAAAAGAUGGAGGUUUUGGGUUUGGUAACUGCAGACCCUUAAAGGCCUAUGAGAUACGAAAGGUACUUGAAGUGCGAUUUUCUGUAUACCUCAUUAGAUAUAAGAUUGAUGUCAUUGUAUAUGGGUUUGAAGAAAGGAAUACUGAAGAAAAGGAAAUCUUCUUUCUCACAGUAGAGUCUAAUACCAACAAAAAUGCCUUACGUCUUGUAUCUUAUGAGCGUAUGAGCCUAUAUGGGAUCUACUCAAGUUGUAGGGAUCCACAUGUUGAAUUAAAAUUGUGUGUAUGUAACACUAAGAUUCAAAAGAAAAGUGGAUUAGUUAAUUAUGUGAUAUUUGGUAGUUUCAUUGAAAAGUUUUUCUUAAGAAAUGAAAAGAGUUAUUCUCCUACUGUAAGCGAUUUGCUCUCUCAGCCAGUGUUUGGCAAAAAGCCCAAAAUAGAUUUUUCUUACCCAAAUGACAAUCCUUGUCUUUUCACAUUUAUUUACAGUUAUAAAUCAGGGAUAGUUCUGUAUGUUGCUAAUUUUUGUACAAUAAAUUAUAAACUAGAACUCAUCAUAGAAGCAGAAAAUCUUAACUUAUCUGAGACAAAAAAUCCUUGCUACACACUGCAGCCUUCUGAUAUUACAAUGAUGGUUGCUGCAACUGUGGCUAAUCCUAAGACAACUUGGCACUGGAGUCAUAAAGUCAGAAUGCAAGGUGUUUCUUAUUAGAAUACAGUAAAGUCUCACACUUGGUGUGGUCAGAUUUGGCGAAUUCACAUUUGGUGAGAUAAAUCAAUCGCUACCCUAAUUCUCAUUUGGCAACCAUAUUCUCCCAUUUGGGGAUUAUCCCCCCCCCCUCCCCAAGCAAACAUUAAAUUGUGUUUAGCAACCUUAGUCUUGCAGUUGAUAAUUGUUUCCCCCUAGGAUAUGUAUGCUUGCUAACUGUCAAUGCUGUAUUGCUUUACCAAGAGAUUAUCAGUGUUAAGGGGGGCGACUAAGGGGGGUCCUCCUGCUCAUAUGGUACGUCCAAUAGCUUUGAAAUCUUAGUAUAUUAUUUGUUUCUGUAAAUAUAUGACAUUCUGUGAAUUUCAUGAAAUUUGGGUGAAGUACAGGGGAGACUCAAAUAGAGUGUAAUUUUUUUUUUUUUUUUUUUUUUUGUUGUUGUUGUUGUUUCACAGACUUUAUUUUUCAGUUAAUCACUGUGAAAAAAAAAAACAUAGGAACUUUGUUUACAUAUCUACAUUUUUUAUUUAUAAAACUGUGAUAUGUUGUUUUGUCUUCAAACAAAAAAAAAAAUCAGUUUUUUUCACUUACAAUUUUCUCUACUCUGUGUCCCGUUUUCUUUUUACAUUUUUGAAAUUUCAUAAAUACAAAAAAUUGCCCUUUAGUUGUAGUUUUAGUUGGUACCAAACAAAAGUCGGACAGACUUUUACCUGAUUUUGUGAAAUUUUUUGGUGUAAAAAACUACUUUCCGAGAUAUUGGCUCCUAAAGAUAUUUUUCCAUUUUAUCCAUGUCUUGCCAUUUGUAUUUAUCUGAUUGGCAUAAAAUUUUCACAUAUAACUGUGUAUACCUUGUUGACUUGCUGGAGAAUGCUAUGGUAUCUGGUCCCCCUUUAUAAAAAAGUAUUACUCACUCGCGGGUGAGGGUGUCAGAAGGCACCACCUUCCUCAUUGUUGAAGAGGUUACGGUCAAGGCAUUCCUGCACGACCGUACUGGGCACUUCUGUCUCGCGAUGAGUGUCUGUAGCUGGGAAAGUGACACGGUGAUGAAAGUUUUGCUUGUAUCAGGAGGAGGAGGGUUCAACUGAACACCUCUGUGCAGAAUUUGUUGUUGGAGCUGCAGUGAUGUUUCAUGUGGCAAUGAUUCUGCAGCUGGUGGUGAUGUAGGUGGUGGUGGAAUAGGUGGUGAUGAAGCAGGUGGUGGUGGAGAAGGGCGUGAUGAGGUACUCGGUGUAGGGAGUGGCGAAUCAGCUGGUGGUGGAGCAGGUGGUGGUGGUGAUGAGCAGUGGGUGAGUGUUUCAGGAUCACGACUCGCUUCACAAGCUCCAAAACUGCUCCCUUCCUGGUCUUGGCCACUCCAUCUUGUUCAAUAAGCCUUCUUCAUGUUGAUGGCUCUCUUACUACUCAACUUGCGUUUGUACGUCAUUUCUAAAGACCUUUAUUUGGCUGGAGUACAAACGAACAGGUUGCAUGCCCUUCCCCGUUGUUGUCAGGGUAGGGACUGCAUGGCUCCGCCACACUCCUCUCCUCAACUCACACCCUCCCUGCGAUCCGGCACGAGAGGAAUGACAGAUGACAAAAUUUACGAAAAAAAAUAAUAUUCUAAUGCAAAAUUUACGUACAUACAAGCACUGAAUGAUACAGCGUGUGUUGGCUCGCGAGUCAGGCUAUGAUGCAAUAGCACGGGCCAUUUAAAUAUGGCUUCCAGGGGUGAGGGGCUUUAAUUUUACGAAAACAAACCUCACCACAUGACAAUUUUGGCUAUCCCGGCCAUGCUGAGCGAAAAAAACGUAUUUGUCCGAUUUUAAAUAUAUUCGUAAAAAAAAUACCCUUAGUCGCCCCCCUUAAACAUUUAUGAUUCCAGUUUUCAGCAGCUUGGCCACAAGUUGAUGAUGUCAAGCCAGCUGAUGAAACAGUUGUGAGUGAAACCAUCACAUGUGAUAACUUUGUGUGUGCUCCACCUCUCACUCCUGCCAGUGUAGCCCACUGCCAUCUACUAAGUGUGGUAUUUCGUCCAAGGCCUCUCCAACUACUAGAAGGAGCAAUGGGGACGAUGAGGACAAAGAUGAGCUUCAGAAUAGAAGAAAAAAUGAGCCAAAAUCCAAGGAUCGUGUUGGAAAGAAAUUUGGUAAACUUUCAGCAAAGGUCAUCCACCAAUUCUGAAUUCCGAAUUUCUUUGAUCUCCAUCCCCCAUUCAGUGUGGUGCCCAGAAGGGGCAGGUACUAGUAGCCUGGUGGCACUCCCACCUCCACCCUGGCCCUGGCACCCACCCAAUCCCCUCCACCACCAUCCUGCCCUCUCCUCCCAUGAACAGCAAAAGGUGAGACUCAUUCACAUUGCUGGUUGCAUUAUUAACCCGUUCCAUCUGUGAUGCAGACGUCAGCGUCACAGUAUUGGAAAGGGUCAAGAGGAAAUGGAAGAGGAUUAAUCCCCUUCUAAACCUCUCAAUCCUCCUCUAAAUUCGUCUUAAUCCUCUUCCAUUUUCUCUUAAGAGGUUUAGAAGAGGAUUAAGAGAAAAUGGAAGAGGAUUAAGAGGCUUAGAAGAGGACUAACCCUUACCAUACGGUGACGCCGUCGGACGCCAGUGUCUGUGUCGCCGGAGUGAAGGGGUUAACACCCUCAACCGCCUCAUCAUUACUAUCACUCACCAUUGGACACACAAGAUGAAUGGUGGUGACCCAUGCCUAAAACUCACCCCCAAAACCAGUAAUCUCUGCGAGGCAGAUGGGGCAAUGAGAGCAGUAGCUGCUGCAGGCGGGGUGGCAGUCUUCCAAUGCUGCUUACCUGCGAGGGCUCAAGUGCUCAUUCCCUCCUCACCUCCAUGCACCCUGAGGACAAAACUCUCACCCUUGGUGAGCCCUGAUUUGCUUGCUAAUGACUUGUGACAUUUGUCUUGCAGAAGUCACUAGCUUUGGUGACAUACCAAAGAGUUAGGCUGCUCUUACACUAUCCAGUCGCUCACCGUAUCCAUCAACAGUUCAGUGAUAGUCUGGAAUCAUGAGCCUUUCACACUAUCCAGCUUCUCGCCGUAGACAGCCUCCCUGCCUAGAUAGAAUUUCACCAGCUUGUUCCUUGCAAUGGAAGAUGGAUCACAGGCAGCAUCUGAAAGUUCUUUACUUCUUGCAUAUGGGGAAGAGGAAAAGGCAGUGCAGAAUCCACUGGAUACAACCUCUCAAUGAACAAAGAGAUACUCAGGAAGCAUGAGAAAGGAUGAUGUUAAAUUCUUCAACUACUUUCAUAUGUCCAUGAAGUGUUUUGAUGUCCAUGAAGUGUUUUGAUAGAGCCUAUAUGAUAACAUCAAAUUGUACAGUACACUUCCCUUCAUGGUGAGGCAGCCAGAUUCAACUCUUGUAAUCCUCUAGCAUCUUGUUCCAAGUAUUGAUCGCUUUUCAACAAGAGAUAUGAGUUGGUCAAAGUCUAUACUGUCCUCAAUCUCCAUGCUGAUGGCAAAUAAAUCAGUGGAAUAGUGUGGGAUAGCUAGUGCCAUGGGAGUAUGCAGUGCAGUGAGGCAUCUGGUAUGCAUCUGGCACUGGGAUGCUAGCCUCACAUGCAUGUGCCAUGUGAAAGGCUCCAUAUGAAUAUUCAAUCAACUAAAGCUCAUAGCGCCGGAGUGCAUGGGGCCAUAGGUGAGGAACCAUAUAACGUGAAGCUGCUGUUAAAGUUAAACCUUUUGGGGCAAAUCCUCUACACAGACCAUUGCCAUUCAUCCAAGUAUCCGACAGUGACUGAUGGUUACGAUGAGGUAACAUAGGAUGUUGAUGAAGCACUCAACAAGGUGAAUGAGCCUGACUUGCUGUUAAUGGGAGAAAAGAGAGGAGGGACAGCAGGGGAAAAUAGGCUGGUGCACAAAGAGAUGGGAGCAACAGUGGGAGCGCCACUUUGUGGCCAGCACUCGCCUCUCCCACACAAUACGCCAAAGGACAAAGAUCAAAGACAUUAUUGUUGCUCAUGCAGACGAGUGGAAGGAAGGUGAAACACAAACUGCAUCCAAGCUGUAUAUUGAUCCCCACACACAAUUAAGGAGGUGUCACACUGGCUGUUUUCCUCCAACCAUUGGGACUAUGGGCAACUGUGGUUGUCCGUACACCCAACCGGGAGCGAGUUGUCGGUUGUCAGUACGAGCAACUGCGUGGCUGUAUGUAAACAAACAAAUGACGGCAGUGGCUGAGGAGUGAGAAGCAGUGGAAGAUGGCCUACCAAGAGACUUCUAAAAGUGGACUGAGAGCUGUUUUGUUUACUACCUAUUUAAUUGAGAAGAUAAGAGAACACCCCAUGCUGUGGGAGCACAGUUCAAAUAACUUUUUUUCUCCAUUCUAUGAAAAUUGUAGGACUCCCAGUCUUCACAACACAGUUCUCUGACGAUUUUUUAUUUUAUUUUUAUUUUUUUAUUUUUUUUACAACAAAGGAGGCAGCUCAAAGGCACAAAAAAAAGGAAACAAUAAUAAAAAAAAAGCCCGCUACUCACUGCUCCUAAAAAAGAAUCAGAAGAGGUGGCCGAAAGAGAGGUCAAUUUCGGGAGGAGAGGUGUCCUGAUACCCUUCUCUUGAAAGAGUUCAAGUCGUAGGCAGGAGGAAAUACAGAUGAAGGAAGAUUGUUCCAGAGUUUACCAGCGUGAGGGAUAAAAGAGUGAAGAUGCUGGUUAACUCUUGCAUAAGGGGUUUGGACAGUAUAGGGAUGAGCAUGAGUAGAAAGUCGUGUGCAUCGGGGCCGCGGGAGGGGGGGAGGUAUGCAGUUAGUAAGUUCAGAAGAGCAGUCAGUGUGGAAACAUCGAUAGAAGAUAGAAAGAGAGGCAACAUUGCGAUGGAAUUUAAGAGGUAGAAGACUAUCAGUAGGAGGAGGAGAGCUGAUGAGACGAAGAGCCUUAGACUCCACUCUGUCCAGAAGAGCUGUGUGAGUGGAGCCCCCCCAACACGUGAGAUGCAUACUCCAUACGAGGGUGGACAAGGCCCUUGUAUAGGAUACCAACUGCGUGGGGGAGAAGAACUGGCGGAGACGAUACAGAACGCCCAAGCUCGAGGAAGCUGAUUUAGCAAGAGAGGAGAUGUGAAGUUUCCAGUUGAGAUUUUGAGUAAAGGAUAGACCGAGGAUGUUUAGUGUUGAAGAUGGUGAUAGCUGAGUGUUGUCAAAGAAUAGGGGAUAGGUGUUUGGAAGAUUGUGUCGAGUUGAUAGGUGGAGAAAUUGAGUUUUUGAGGCAUUGAAGGACACAAGGUUCCUUCUGCCCCAAUCGGAAAUGAUAGCAAGGUCUGAGGUUAAGCGUUCUGCAGCCUCCAGUCUGGAGUCGUGUACUUCCUGUUGAGAGGGUCUUCUAUUGAAAGAAGUUGAAUAAUGCAGAGUGGAGUCGUCGGCGUAUGAGUGGACAGGACAGUUUGUUAUGGAAAGAAGAUCAUUGAUGAAUAACAGGAAGAGAGUGGGUGAUAGGACAGAGCCCUGUGGAACACCACUGUUGAUAGGUUUAGGGGAAGAACAGUGACCGUCUACCACCGCAGAGAUAGAACGGCCGGAAAGGAAACUGGAGGUAAAGGAACAGAGAGAGGGAUAGAAUCCGGAAGAGGGCAGUUUAGAAAGCAAAGACUUUUGCCAGACUCUAUCGAAGAGAGCAAGAAGAUCGCCAGUAGAACGCCCCUUGCGGAACCCAUGCUGGCGAUCAGAUAGAAGGUUAGAAGUGGAAAGGUGCUUUUGAAUCUUCCGGUUAAGGAUUGAUUCAAAAGCUUUAGAUAGACAGGAAAGUAAAGCUAUAGGGCGGUAGUUUGAGGGAUUGGAACGGUCACCCUUCUUAGGCACAGGCUGUACAAAGGCAUACUUCCAGCAGGAAGGAAAGGUAGAUGUUGAUAGGCAGAGACGAAAGAGUUUGACCAGGCAGGGUGUCAGCACGGAAGCACAGUUUUUAAGGACAAUAGGAGGCACUCCAUCAGGUCCAUAAGCCUUCUGAGAGUUGAGGCCAGAGAGGGCAUAGAAAACAUCAUUUGGAAGAACCUUAAUAACAGGCAUAAAGAAGUCAGAGGGGGGAUGAGUAGGAGGAAUAUGCCCAGAAUCGUCCAAGGUGGAGUUCUUUCAGAAAGUUUGAGUGAAGAGUUCAGCCUUAGAGACAGAUGAGACGGCAGUGCUGCCGUCAGGGUUAAGGAGAGGAGGGAAAGAGGAAGAAGUGAAAUUGGAGAUAUUUUUGGCUAGAUGCCAGAAGUCAUGGGAAGAAUUAGAAGAAGCAAGGUGUUGACAUUUUCUAUUGAUAAAAGAAGUUUUGGUAAGUCAGAGAAUAGAUUUGGCACGAUUCCGGGCUGAAAUGUAAAGGUCAUGGUUAGCGGGAGUUCGAAGGCUCUGGAACCUUUUGUGAGCUGCCUCUCUAUCUUUAAUAGCACGAGAACAAGCAUGAUUAAACCAAGGCUUUUUAGCAUGAGGAGUAGAGAAAGAAAGUGGAAUGUAGGCCUCCAUUCCAGAGACAGUCACUUCUGAGAUGUGCUGGGCACACACAGAAGGGUCUCUCUCCUGGAAGCAGUAAUCAUUCCAUGGGAAAUCGGAAAAGUACAUCCUCAGAUCGUCCCACCGAGCUGAAGCAAAAUGCCAGAAGCAUCGCCACUUCGGUGGGUCCAGAGAAUGUACAGGAGCGAUAGGACAGGAAACAGAAAUAAGGUUAUAAUUGGAGGAGCCCAAUGGAGAGAACAGUUUGACAGAGUAAGCAGAAGGAUUAGAGGUAAGGAAGAGAUCUAGAAUGUUGGGCCUGUCUCCAAGACGGUCGGGAAUACGUGUAGGGUGCUGAACCAACUACUCUAGGUCGUUGAGGAGAGCAAAGUUGUAGGCUUGUUCACCAGGCUGGUCAGUGAAAGAGGAUGAAAGCCAAAGCUGGUGGUGAACACUGAAAUCUCCCAAGAUGGAGAUUUCAGCGAAGGGAGAGUGAGUCAAGAUGUGCUCCACUUUAGAAUUCAAAUAGUCAAAGAAUUUUACAUAGUUAGUAGAGUUAGGUGAGAGAUAAACAGCACAGAUGUAUUUAGUAAUAGAAUAACAAUGAAGUCUUAGCUAGAUGGUGGAAAAUUCAGAAGAGUCUAUGUCGUAGGCAUGAGAGCAAGUGAUGUCGUUGCGCACGUAGGCGCAACAUCCAGCUUUGGAUUGAAAUUUAGGAUAGAGAUAGUAGGGGGGAACAGAGUAGAUGUUGCUGUCAGUAGCCUCAGAAACCUGUGUUUCGGUGAGGAAGAGAAAAUGAGGUUUAGAGAAGGAGAGAUGGUGUUCCACAGAAUGAAAAUUAGAACGAAGACCGCGAAUGUUGCAAAAAUUGAUAAAGAGGAGGUUCGAGGAGUUAUCAGGACACCUUUCAAGUCGGCAGCCAGAAGGGGAGUUCUCCCUGUGGGAAUUUAUGGUCCCCCCCCCCAGGCGGGGACUCCGAGGCAGUGCUGUUUUUCGCCAUAUUGAAUUUUGAAUUUUGGGAAAAGGUGUGUGUUGUGUGAAUGUAGUGUGGUGUAGAAAGAGAGAGGAACUGUCUUUUGAGAGCAUGCUGAACUGCUCUCUGGUGUUGAUGAGACAAAAGGGAAACGGUUAGUGAGGACAUGGGAAGGGUCUUUGAAGGGCUUCAGCACCCUCCUCACUUCCCAUAUAUCCUCACCAGGAGUAGCUCAUGCCCGUUCGGUAGGUGUCUUCCUACCUCCUCCUACUAGUAAGCACCCUUGUUCUCCUGUCUUUGAAGCCUUGAUCGUGCCCACAAUCGCUUCUUCCUUCCAUUUAAUUGCAGCAGUAAGUUUAUAACUUGGGCAACGGCAGCACAAGCCGCAACACCCCUUACAUUAGCAGAUGGUGCCAUGUUGAUACAGGGUGACUGCUUUGUUUACGUUGUGGAUAAUACGGGUAGCUGACCUUGGUCAUGUGUGAUGCAGACCCGGAAAAAUUAGAGUUGCUGGUUUCCCGUACCGCCAACGCUGUUGGAGGAAAAAGGCCCAGUGUGACACCAGCUUUGGGUAGCAGGAACAAAUGGGGGUGGCAGGACCAAGCGGUGUUGGCAGGAACAAGGUGGUGGUAGCAGAUGCAGAAGUAGAGUGGUGCUUGGCUAGUUCCAUGAAGUGAUGCAAACUUCACAACAGCUAGCAGUUCCUUCCUUGUGAUGCAAUAGUUCCUCUCAUGUGAACUAAAUUUUUGGCUGUAGAAGGCUACCACAUACUCCUAACAGUCUUUUUCCUGAGAGAGCACCGUCCCAAUGCCCUCGUUGCUCGUGUCACAGUCCCCCCCCCAAAAAAAAAGUACAAUUUCCCCAUAGAAAUAUAUAGACUACACUUGGAAUGAAAUAGAAGAACUGGUGGAGGCAGAAUGUAGACACAUGGACAAAUAUAGAUAUGGAAGCAGGAGAGCACGAGCUUAACUCAGACCCUAUAUACUACAACUAGGUAAACACACAUACAUGUGUGUGUUUGUCACUCAGCCGAUCCACGUGUUUAUGUGGGCGUAGUUAGCUUUUUUUUUUUUUUUUUUUUCUACGGCCUAUAGCACUGAUAGGCUUUCUUUAGGGGCCUGGUGGUUGGCCCAACCCAGUCAUGUGUUUAAAGUGGUGCCAUCUAUUCUUGGCUCAUGCUUAGGGUGACCACCCGUCCCUUAACCCUUUCGCGCCGGAUGUUCAAAAAGCCCGCCUGGCUGAUAUACGGCAUGCACGGCCGCAUGCGGGAAACCUGAGCCGGCAUGUAUCUGCUUGUCGCCUCCGUAUAUUAUGCUGCUAAAAGCCCUCAUUACAUGUAUCCCGUAUUUGCAAAGCAGCACAUACGACGAGUCAACAUAUACCUGCUAUGCAUAAUAUAAAUUGUGUCAACGCGAAAUAAAAAAAAAAGCGAAAUAAAGAAAGGGGAGAAAGGGGCAAGGGGGAAAGAAAUAGAGAAAGCAGAUGAUUGUGUAGAGGAGGAAGAAUGUCGAGAAAUUAUCAGCAAAUACAACUCUGUUAUUAUCAGUCAGAGAGCUGCCAGAUACUCCUUUGUCAUCACAGACAAUGUAUGUGUGUACGUGUGUGUGUGAGAGAGAGAGAGAGAGAGAGAGAGAGAGAGAGAGAGAGAGAGAGAUAGGCAAGGAGUGGUGGUGUUGGCAUCUUGGUGUCUGAGAGAGAGAGAGAGAGAGAGAGAGAGAGAGAGAGAGAGAGAGAGAGAGAGAGAGAGAGAGAGGUGGGCGAGACGCACAGUUGCCGGAUUAUCGUACUCAGAGCCUCGUAUUUACCUAUUUCUGAGCCAUAGCAAUUGUCAAAAGACACCAAUAAUUAAUUAUUUUAUCGAUACCUAUUUAUAUAGGCAGUUAUUGGGGUCGAGGAGGCAGUUUUUGGGUCUGAAAUCAGCAAAAAUAGGAGGCUGAAUACGGCAAUCUGGCAACGUUGGCGAGACGUGAUGGUGUCGGCACCUCGGUGUCUGAGAGAGAGAGAGAGAGAGAGAGAGAGAGAGAGAGAGAGAGAGAGAGAGAGAGAGAGAGAGAGAGACUUCCUAAUUUUAGACACAAGGCGGGAAGAAGGCGGUGCAUACUGUAGCUAUUUUUUUGUGAUUGGUGGGAACAAGGAUGGUGGGAGGAGCAAUAGGAUUUCAAGGACAGCAUACGGCGUCUUUACUUAGUAACCAACACAAAGUACGGGACAACUCAAUAGAAGAAGAAACAGAAUAGAAAUAUGACGCCUACGUAGGCGUCAUCGUAUUGAAAGGGUUAAAAUACGGAACCAUUUCAUAUUGGAGAAUGAAAUGGUGCGUUCCAUUUUGAACCAAUACGAAACGGCAUUUGUUCCGUAUUUGUCUGUCUGAAUGGGCAAAGGAGAUAAAAUUCAGCAUUUUAAAGCUUUAGGCUGCGUUUACACCAAGUGAGUCGCAUCGCGUUGCAUCAUGACGUAUCAUGAAUCGCCACCCCAGUUAUAACACUGACUUAUAUGGGUUUUUGAAAUAAACCAUUUACACCGGAUGUGUCGUGUCACGUCACGUUGCGCCGCAUCGCGUCGCGUCACGUCGAGUCACAUAUAGGGCUGGACCUAUUUUUGAUGUCAGUCACAGCAAGUCUGCCGUGGUGUGUUCAAGCAUGCUGGUGGAACUCCUAAUCAACUUAGUUCAAGAGCCCCCAGCUAUAUAUGAUUCCAGUGACCCUAACCACCGGGAUCGUGAUGUCUUUGCUGCUUUAUGGAAAUAAGUUUUCAGUUUUACGUAUCAUCCUGAAGCAUGCACACCACUCACUCAACCAUUCAUACAUAUGUACAUACAAUGCACACAGUGUUAAGACUGGGGCCUAUCACAAAGCUAUGUUAGUAGGACAAGGGACAAGGGGGAGUGGGUAUAUUCAUAUACUUAAUAUGUAUAUUUUCAAUAUUUGUAAAUAACAAUGUACACCUUUCAUAUAGCAUCCGUUACGUUUAAUCAUACUCAAGCAUACACCAAGAAAUUAUACACGUCACCAAAAACAUGAAGUAAAUCAUAACACGCUGAUCCCUUCUGGGAGGAAAGCGGCUCACGAACACCAACUUAAGUAUGAUAAAAAAAAAAGAUAAAAAAAAGAAAACAGAAGAAAAACAACAGCAAGAAAAGAACUAAAAAGAAAAGAAAAAGAAAAGGAUUUGAAAAAUGCCAAUAGAAAAUAAAAGAAAAAGAGUAAAAGACCAAUGGAAAACAAAAUAAAUAAGAUAAAUUAAUAAAAAAAGAAAAAAAAAAGAAAACAUGCAUCCAUUCUCCAUGAAAUCAAAUGGGUGAUUGAGUACUGACUUGACUCAUGUUGAUGCAGUCGGUGUAAACGGAAUUGCGUCAAUAUGAAUCGCCUAAAAUGACUUGACGUGACUCGACUCGACACGACUCGCUUGGUGUAAACGCGGCCUUAGUGAUGGCCUUUUUCGGUUAAUCUAAAAAAUCAGGCUGUAAAAGUAUGUGUUUGUCAAGGGUCGUCCUGAAAUACAUGUACAGUACAUGAACCCCCUUCCUCCUGCCUCCACAAGCAGCAGGCAACAGCUGUCAAGGCAGGGCAGGCUACAGAAAUUUUAGGCUUGCCACCUCUCCUUUAAAAUACAGAUUCAUUCCGUAUUGGAGAGCGAGAUGUUCCUUAUUUUUCUGAUCUCAAGGUGGCAACCCUACGAGUCAUGUUGCACCCCUGGGGCUCAUUCUUGAUUCAUUUGGACAGUUCUUCUAGGGUCCGGGUUGAUAGGUGGUCUUCAUUACAGCAUGUAGGUAGUCUUAGGUGACUGAAAAAUUCUAGGUGGUAGCGGCGAAUUCGAACCCACAUCGUACAGGACGCGGUGAAUGCAGGGCCCACAUGCUAACCACUCAGCCACUGCCUCCCCCUUGGACAGCGCAUGUGCAGUUGAUGCGAGAAUUCCAGCACAGAGUGGAAACCUGGGCACACUACACCGGGGAGAGUGACUAAUGAGGUCCGCUGGGCUCCAAGGGCUAUGUUGUAAUCAUAAGACUGGACCUGGCAGUUUUGGUUUGCUCUUGGACUUUUUCUUUCAAAAUAAUAUUACACCACACUCAGCCCUCUAACACCAGGCUGAAACGCACACCUCCAGGCAGGCAGGCGGCGUAGAUAACACGGGGUAUAGUCCAUUUCAUUCGGGAGGCCCUGCUCGCAGCUGAGCCCAACUUUGCAUCCGAGGUCUCUGAUUGACCCGUGAGCCAGCGCGUCUGUAAUUGGUCCGUCGCUUCGUCCUCCCUCUUGAACUUGAAGUCCAGAGUCACCCAGUGGUCCACUGACAGUGUAGUGGCUGUAGCCUUUAGAUCAGCGUUCUCCCGUGCAAU